CGUACUCUGCGUUUGUUUACCGCCGCGCUCCCACACUUUUAUAAUUGUUCUGUGCUAUUUAAAUACAUUACUAGUGAAUAAGUAGUGCGAAAGUGUUCUGUUGUGUAGAGUUGCAGGUGGACAUCAGGAAGGGUGCGGCGGUGACGCCACCGGCGCGCCCCCAGGGCGAGGCCGCGCCGCGCCGCCCUUAUACUUGACGAACUAUGACCUCUGCAGGCAAACGUACACCAUCAUCUGCCUCCGCGUGCCUCAACGUGCGGUGGUGGCGCGCGCGGCUCGCGCCUCUCGCGGCGCUGCUCGCGGUGUCCGCGCUGCUGCUGCUGCUGCUGCCGCUGCAGGACCCGCCCCGCGUCACGCUCGUGUCAGUUACGGCGCCGCUUCAAGUCCAAGCGCACGACCCGUCGCGUCCCGUGAACGAAGCGCGACCGACCCUGCCCCCUGAAUGGACAAGUGACAAGGACGACGAAGUGCUCCCCGCGGGCGCGGUGCGCACUCUCGACCGCUACGUGCCGGGGCACGCGCGCGCGCACGCCGAGUUGUGCCCGGCGCGCGGCGUGGGCACGCGGCUCGUCGUGCUCGUGCCGUCCGCGCCAGUGUACUUCCGUCAGCGCGAGGCCGUGCGCCUCACGUGGGGGCAUGCGGCACGACGCGCCGACAUCACGCUAGCUUUCAUGCUGGGCGCGCCGCCGGCCGCCCUGCGCGCCGCCGUCGACGCCGAGGACAAGCUCUACGGCGACCUCAUCGAGGGCCACUAUGUGGACAGCUACGGGAAUCUCACUCUUAAAACCCUGUCGAUGCUGGAGUGGUUCGUCACGUACUGCCCGCUGGCGGGGCGGCUGCUGAAGGCCGACGACGACAUGUUCAUCAACGUGGACGGAGUGCUGCGGUUCGCGGAGGCGCCGGCGCGCAGCCGCGCCGCGCGCACCGUGUGGGGCAAAGUGUGGCGCGACGGGCGGCCGUCGCGCAACGCCAGCUCCAAGUUCUUCGUGCCCGCGGAGGAGUUCCCGGGGGCGACGUACCCGCCGUACGCCAACGGGCCGGCGUACCUGAUGUCGGGCGACGCGGUGGGCGCGUUGCUGCGCGCGGCGCUGGGCGGGCGCUGGCUGCGCAUGGAGGACGUGCUGGUGACGGGCGUGGCGGCGGCGCGCGCGCGGGUGCUGCGCGCCGACGCGCCUGCGUUCCUGCGGCGGCGCAAGGACGUGGCGCACGCGUGCGCGCUGCGUGCGGCGCUGGCCGUGCACCAGGUGUCCUAUGCCGACCAGUUCGACCUCUGGCGCAAGCUGCACGACCCCCACGUCAAGUGCCCCCCUUAAGCUAUUGGUUAAAGUUUUGUUUGCAAUAUAAGGCUCGUGAUGCA